UGCUUACAACAAUUUCUUGUUUCUUUGAUAUUUUUUUUUAACUCCUUUGGCAAAAUUUCACCAUCUCGUGGAGAUGGGAGUGAGAAUAGAUAGGUUAAUUCAUUGAAGUCAUAUUAUCACAAGGGAUAAUCAAAUUUUCUAUAUACUAGAAAUCUUUAUCUUUACAGGUAUGACUAGCAAAAUAAAGCUACAAUAUCAUAAAUCCAACAUAUUGAUCCAAAAAAAAAAAUCACAUGAACAUCUAUAGAAAAGUGAACUAAUUUUUUGAACCCCCUUGCAAAAAUUCAUCAACUCAGGGAGAUGGGUAGUCAGAAUAGAUAGGUUGUUUUUAUUGAAGUCAUAUUGUCACAAGCUCCUCGUGAGGGAAUAAUCAAAUUUUCUAUAUAAUAGAAAUCUUUAUAUUUAUAGGUAUGACUAGCAAACAAAGCUAUCACAUCAUAAAUCCAACAUAUUGACAAAAACACACACACACAAUCACAUGAACAUCUAUAAAAAAAGUGAACUAAUUUUUUGAACCCCCUGGCAAAAAUUCAUCAACUCAGAGAGAUGGGGAGAGAGAAUAAAUGAGUUGUUUCAUUGAAGUCAUAUGAUCACAGGCUCCUCAUGAGGAAAUAAUCAAAUUUUCUACAUACUUGAAAUCUUUAUAUUUAUAGGUGUGACUAACAAAUAAAUAGGUUGUUUUAAUUGAAGUCAUAUUAUCACAAGCUCCUCCUCGUGAGAUUCUUCUAUAUACUAGAAAUCUUUAUUUAUAGGUAUUACUAGCGAACAAAGCUACCAUAUCAUCAAUCCAACAUAUUGACCAAAAAAAAAAAAAAAUCACGUGACCAUCUGUAGAAAAGUGAACUAAUAGGAUAACAUAAGUAAUAGCCUGUUUGACCAAUAUUUUGGAACUGCCCACCAAGAGUUUGGUUCUCUAUGCCACGUCAAUAGUUGGGGUUGCGUUUAUUACACUUUAAAAUAGUUUAGGGCUGUAAUAGGACCCCCGUAAAGAAAAGAUAUGUCCUGAAACUUCGAGUAUAGUUCAGGGGAUACUGAUGCCUUAUCCCUUUAGAAAUUUGUUGUGUUCGGCCAAGUCUCUAGAAAAAAGAAAAGUGUUUUUGAGUAACAGAGAAGUUGUUUUUAGAAGUUGGAAAGUAAUUUAUUUCCAAAAGCACUUUUUGGGCCGUGGUUAAACGUCGAGUCUUGCCAAAAGUACUUUUCAAAUUGAGUAGCACCAAACACAAACUUCUAGGCCCCGUUUGUCCAUAGAUACCAAAAAAAAAUUCACUUUUUUUUUUGGAAUUUUGGAGUUGGAGUUGGAGUUGGUCAUAGUUUUUGAAAUUGUAGUUUUUGGUGAAAUAUAGUUGUAAAAAAGUGAAAAAAGUAAUUUUUUUUUGAAAAAUAAGUUUUUUGAGUUUUUGGUAUUCCGGAAUACAACUUCAAGUUGUAUUCUAAAUUUUCAUGGCCAAACGCUAAUUCCGGAAAAAAGUGAAUAAUUUUUAUGGCCAAACGGCACCCUAGUCUAUUUGGCCAAACUUCCAAAAUUGACUUAAUUUGAAAAAUAUCUUUUUAUCAGAAGUGUUUUUCGAAAAAGUACUUUUGGGAGUAGCAGUUUGUGUUCAAUUUGAAAAAUCAAAAUACUUUUUUUAAUAAUUUGUAUUUGACCAAGGUUCAAAAAGUGCUAUUGACUGAAAAAUUACCUUUUUUUUUUUAGCUCAGACAAAUCAACUUUUGCUACUAUUUAAAAAUAAUUAUCUUCUCCCUAAAAGCUUGGACAAAUGCUUCAAUUUUCUAAAAUAAACACUUUAACUUUCUAAAGCUUGGCCAAACAUGCUAAAAAUAGAAUUUAUAAGUUUUCCAAUUUAAUACUAGAAAUUAAAUUUGCAAUAAAAAAAUUUCAAAGCUCAAAAAAAGAUAAACUUUGCCCGCUAAUAGGCGCGCUAAUGAAGUGGAGACAUUAUAGUACUUUUCCAAUAUUAGACACAACUUCAACAACAGAAAAAGACCUCUUCUCAAGUACUCAAGUCCAAUGUUCCAGGGGCAAAACAGUCCAAUAAUAUGGCUCUAUUUCCUUGUCUGAGUAAGAUUCCUCCUUUCUUAAACUGUCGAAACAUAAAUUUCGUGUCUUUCUGCACUUUGCAAAGCCAGGUUGAAUUCAAUGCCAAAAUCCCAAAAUAGCAUACAAGAUUAAGCACAUUCACACUAGAAAAGCACAAUAACCCUGAAAAUUAGUUCAAAACACAAUAAAUGUGAGUGAAGCCAGUGCAGAUUAUUACAAUCUAGAGAGGCUCUCUGCAUGUCAGCAAAUUUUCCAAUUUGGUCCCAAAUUUACUUCCAAAAUACAAACCCCACCUGUUUCCCCCUCUUAUAUAAUCAGCAUUUGCUGUAUCUGAGCCGCAUUUUCUUGCUUGGGUGUUCUUUAUUUUGGGGUUCUUGAGAGAGCAAUUGAUACAAUUUUCUUGGGGUUUUGAGAGUGAGAUUGAGUGGUGCUGGGAAAUGGAUGAUUCUUCUUCACAUAAAGAAAUUGAGGAUGGCCUAAAAGAUUUUGGGAUUACCCUCAUCAAUCCUCCUUCUUCCAGUGAAGAGCUACUCAAUCUACUUGAUAAAGUCGAGUGUCUAUUGAUUAAGGUAGGUCAAGCCCCUGCCGAUUCAAUGAAAGAUGCCCUCCGACCAGUAAUGAGAGCUAUGGUCGGAAGUGAACUUCUAAAGCAUGCUGAUACAGAUGUCAAAGUUUCUGUUGUAUCUUGUAUCACUGAGCUUUCAAGAAUAACUGCUCCGCAACAACCUUACGAUGAUGGACUGAUGAAGGAAAUUUUCCAACUUAUUGUAAGGGCGUUUGAGGAGUUGUCUCAUUCCGGCUGCAACUAUUAUAAGGCUGUGAAUGUUCUUGAAACAGUAGCAGAUGUCAAGGUCUGUGUGAUAUUGCUGGACCUUGAAUGUGAUGCGUUGGUUAUAAAGAUAUUCCAGCUGUUUCUCAGGGUCAUCAGGCCCGACCAUCCUAAUGUCGUAUUCAAAAGCAUGGAGGAAAUCAUGACUCUUCUCAUUGAAGAAAGUGAUGAAAUCUCAAUGGAGCUUCUUCAGCCCCUUCUUGAUAGCCUCAGAAAGGAAAAUCAGAUCUGUUCACCUAUCUCGUCAAAGUUGGGAGAGAAGGUCCUGAAAGAAUGUGCUUCCACCGUUAGACCUUGUCUUUUAGAAGCUCUCAAGUCAAAAGGCAUGAAUCUUGAUGAUUAUGCCGAAAUAGUUGCCGCACUAUGCAAUGAAAUGCCUGAGGGAGAACAAAUGACGGAAAAUAAAAAUGUGACAAAUGCCGUGUAUCCUGUAAAAGUUGCUUUUCCAUCUGCUGCUGUUAUCUGUGAGAUGCUGCUGGAAGAUGGGACUCCUUCAGAUAUUAAUGGUGCCUCUUCGAAAAAGGCUAAGAAGAAAGAGAGCGGGGCAAAUAAGGGUGCUCACUUGGAAGUGUUAGUUCCAGAAGGCGAUGUUCUGCAAUCUCAAGAUAAGAGAAACAGAUCGUGUAAGGGCACAGCAUGUAGCAAAAGAAAACCACGUCAGCGCUCAAAGAAGAGCGGGUCUGUUCCGAAAGGUGAUGUGCACACCACUUCUGGUCUUAACGUUGUCAAAAGAGGAGGAAACCUUACUGAUGCUGAGGAGUCACCAGUGCAACUAGUUGAUGGAAAAACACAGAAGAAUGACAGGGUUACCAUUGAUAUUCAUGAGAUUGAAGAAUCAAGAGAUGAGGAGAUUAAACUAUCAUUAGGGGAUGAAAAUAUCUCCAGCCAGCUUGCCAAAACCAAGCGCCGGAGGAAGCUUUCCAUGAGAAAGGAUGAGGAUUCUAAAAAGCGUCGCUUCACCAAAAAUUAUGGAGAAGAAGUGGUUGGUACCAGAAUAAGAGUUUGGUGGCCAUUGGACAAAGUGUUCUAUGAGGGUGCAAUUUCUACAUUUGAUUCUGUGAAAAGGAAGCAUGAGAUCACAUAUGAUGACGGUGUAAUUGAAAAUUUGAAUCUGAGUAAGGAACGGUGGGAGAUAGUUGAAGACAAUCCAUCCGACAAGAAGCAUGAAGCAGAUCUUCAAUGUAAUGCUGUUUCAUCCAUUCCAUCCACGAAGAAGAAAGCAAAAAGAACCUCCUCAACAAAAAAGGAAUCUGGAGUCUCUUCAUCCAAAAGGUCUAAAAGAAAUGCCCAAAAAAUUGACAUUGAGUCCCUGGAUAGUCCAAUUACGCAUAAGAUGAAUGAUGUUAUUGAUGUUGGUUGCGAGACGAGCAUUGGGGAAAAAGAAGUUGUGGACAAGGAAGAUAAUGAUAUCACACAGAAGCAGAGAUCCAAGACUUGCGAAAUUGCCUUAGAGAGCUCAUCAAUGCUUGAAGACCAUCCAUCUGACAAGUCCUUUUGUAUGCAAUAUGUACAGAAGCAUGAAGCACCUCCUCAAAGCAAUGAUGUUUCAUCUGUUCCAUCCACGAAGAAGAAAGCAAAAAGAACCUCCUCAACAAAAAAGGAACCUGGAGUCUCCUCAUCCAAAAGGACUAAAAGAAAUGCCCAAAAGAGUGACAUUUCAUCCCUGGAUCUUCCAACUCCAGAUAACAUGAAUGAUGGUGCUGAUGUUGGUUGCGGAACGAGCAGCGGGAAAAAAGAAGUUGUGGACAAGGAAGAUAACGAUAUCACACAGAAGCAGAGAUCCAAGACUUGUGAAGGUGCCUUAGAGAACUCAUUGACACUUGAAGACCAUCCAUCUGACAAGUAUUUACAGAAGCAUGAAUCAGAUCUUCAAAGCAAUGAUGUUUCAUCUGUUCCAUCCACGAAGAAGAAAGCAAAAAGAACCUCCUCAAUGCAAAAGGAACCUGGAGUCACUUCAUCCAAAAGGUCUAAAAGAAAUGCCCAAAAGAGUGAUAUUGAAUCCCGGGAUGUUCCAACUCCAGAUAAGAUGAAUGAUGCAUCUGAUGUUGGUUGUGAAACGAGCUGUGGGAAGAAAGAUCUUGUGGACAAGGAAGAUAGCAUCAUCGCUGAAACAGAGUCCAAGUCUUCUAAAGUUGCCUUAGAGAGCUCAUCGACGCUUGAAGACCAUCCUUCUGACAAGUCCUUUUGGAUGAAAUAUGUACAAAAGCAUGACGCUGUUCUUCAAAAAACCAUUGGUGUUUCAUCUGUUCCAUCAACGAAUAAGAAAGCAAAAAGAACCUCAACAAAAAGGGAAACUGGAGUCUCUUCAUCGAAAAGGUCUAAAAGAAAUGCCCAAAAGAGUGAUAUUGAACCCCUGGACAUUCCAAUUCCAGAUAUGAUGAAUGAUGCUAUCGAUGUUGGUUGCAAAACGAGCAGUGGGCAAAAAGAACUUGUGCACAAGGAAGAUAACAUGGUCACAGAAGCAGAGUUGAAGACUUUAGAAGUUGCCUUAGAGAGCUCAUUGACGCUAGUGGACUAACAACGUUGUCAAAAUGAAGGAAGCUAAAAUAUAAAGAUGCUGAAGUUUUGUUUGGGAAAAAGACAGUAGUCAUUAUUCGUUAUUAGUUCAAAUUUGGAAGUUUUAUAUCAUUAUUGAAUCACAUAGCUUCUCUAACUUUGAAAGCUAUGAGACACUUAGUUUGUUAAAGCGGUUUAUUUGAACGGACAGCUGGAGGAUUCCAUGCAUUCGCCUUUUAAGAGCAUGAAUGAAUAUCCUACUGCUUGCUACUA